AUGUUCUCCAUUGCUAAUAACCACAUGAAUUCAGUCAACAACAUGGAGACCAAAAGGUGUCAAAAAACAGGUCAGGACUCCUGGGUCCUUGCCAGUGCGGAGCCUGAGGGUCAGGACACCUGCGUCCUUCGCCGCCCCCUCCCCGGGUCUGCAGCAGGGCUCUCGCCGGCUCCUCGCGCCCCCCCCCCGCCCGGUGCCGCAGGCGGGGAGCCCCCCUCCCCCUCCCCCUUCCCCCCCGGGCCCCGCGCGCCCCGGACCGGCCCCCCCUUUCCCCCUCCCGCCCCCUGCGCGCCGCCAUGCCCCCCCCCCGCCCCCCGGGCCCGGCUCCGGCUCCUCGCCGCCGCCGCCCUGGCCGGGCUGGCCGUCAUCAGCCGAGGGCUGCUGUCCCAGAGCCUGGAGUUCAGUUCUCUGGCAGACAACUACACCGUAUGCGAGGGAGACAACGCCACACUCAGCUGCUCCAUCGACGAGCAUGUGACCCGCGUGGCCUGGCUGAACCGCUCCAACAUCCUGUAUGCGGGCAAUGACCGCUGGACCAGUGACCCACGGGUGCGGCUGCUCACCAAUUCUCCCGCCGAGUUCUCCAUCCUCAUCACCCGAGUGGGCCUGGGCGACGAGGGUCUCUACACCUGCUCCUUCCAGACCCGGCAGCAGCCGCACACGGCCCAGGUCUACCUCAUCGUGCACGUCCCUGCCCGAAUCGUGAAUAUCUCCUCUGCUGUGACAGUGAAUGAGGGUGGGAACGUGAACCUGCUAUGCCUGGCUGUGGGGAGGCCAGAGCCCACAGUCACCUGGAGACAGCUCCGAGACGGCUUCACAUCCGAGGGUGAGAUCCUGGAAAUCUCGGACAUCAGGCGAAGUCAGGCGGGGGACUACGAGUGUGUGACUCACAAUGGCGUGGCGUCGGCCCCCGACAGCCGCCGCGUGCCAGUCACUGUCAACUACCCUCCAACCAUCACGGAUGUGACGAGCGCCCGGACAGCAGUGGGGCGCACUGCGUUGCUCCGCUGUGAAGCUAUGGCCGUGCCCCCCGCAGACUUCCAGUGGUUCAAAGAUGACAAACAGCUGGGGGGCGGCGCGGCCGAGGGCCUGAAGGUGCAGACUGAGAGGACCCGCUCCAUGCUGCUAUUCGCCAACGUCAGCGGCCGCCACUACGGGAACUACACGUGCCGAGCCGCUAACCGGCUUGGGGCCGCCAGCGCCUCCAUGCGCCUUCUGCGCCCAGGCUCCCUGGAGAAUGCAGCCUCUCGGCCCCCUGGGCCCCUGGCCCUACUCUCUGCCCUGGGCUGGCUGUGGUGGGGAGGCAUGUAGGGGCCAAGGCUGACAGAGACAGAACCCUAGCAAAGGAGUGAGCCAGCAGCCUGGAGAGAGUGAGAGCCAGCGAGGAAGGCCCAGAGUCCCGGGCAGAGGAGGAGGAAGAGGAGAGAUCCUUAGAGAACCCAUCACUGUGAGGGAUAAACGCAAAAUUAUGCAUCGUUUCUACAGCCAUUGUCGUCACCCGUUCACGUGUCUGACUGUACCCUAGUUGCCCCUGACCCCCUCAGCCCCGGCCUCGACCCACUCUGGGUACCCCCGUUACCCCUGCCAGCCACAGGCUGCCUUUCACC